CGGUCACACUACAACAUUCGUAUGGUGAUGUGUUAAAAACUUAAGCCGUAUUUUUUAACAAUAUUAGGCGCCAGGAAGAUGAACUACAAUCCGAACCCGGGUAUGCGGAACCGUAAGUGGGAGAACUCCCCAGCUGCCGGUCGCCCAAGGCCAACGAAACGUGUCAGCGAUGUCAACGCCAUGAUGGGCAGUGGCCCCACCUUCAUGGCCCCGCCUCCCGGCCCUGCGAUGCUAGACCCCAAUAUGUACGGAGCUCCUGCCCAGGCGCCAGUCAACAGCUAUGGCUUUGACCCCAAUCUCAUCCAACCACCACAGCAAAUUCAGCAGCCACCGCAGCAGCAACCGGGAUUCGGUUACGGAGGACAGCCUCCUCAACAGGGAACUGCCCCACCCACCUACGGUAUCGGAGCACCUCAACCUGGAGCCGCGCCCUUGCCAACUGGACAGUAUCCACAGUUUGCUAUGUUUCAGCAGCCUAUUGUUCAGGACAUGGCCAUGCAGUACGGCCAAAAGCUGGCGGAUCAGGGCAAGCAGAUAAUGGAGAACCAAUUUGAGAAGUGGGUACCUGUAGCUAAGCUCAAGUACUACUUUGCCGUUGAUAAUGCUUACGUGGGCAGGAAACUGCGUUUGCUCUUCUUUCCUUAUAUCCACAAGGACUGGUCUUUGAGGUACGAUCAAGAACAUCCAGUACAGCCACGAUACGAUGUGAAUGCCCCGGAUCUCUAUUUGCCCACCAUGGGCUACAUCACAUACGUGAUCGUAGCGGGCUUGCUAUUGGGCAUGCAGAAGCGUUUCUCCCCGGAACAGCUGGGUAUCCAGGCCUCCAGCGCAAUGGCAUAUAGCAUUUUCGAACUGGUAAUCUACUCCAUAGCACUAUACGUAAUGAAUGUGAAAACGAGCUUGAAGACUCUGGACCUGCUGGCCUUCACUGGCUAUAAGUACGUUAAUAUAGUGGUCUGCCUGAUGGUCAGCACGCUGUUCUUCAAAUCUGGAUAUUAUAUCGCGCUGGCGUAUACUAGCUUCUCCUUUGGCUUCUUCUUGCUCCGCACGCUGCGGACCAAGUUACUGCAGGAUAACUCACCAGCUGCGCCCAGUGGCGCCAUCAACUAUGAUCCUUAUGGAAAUCCGCAGCAGUUAGACUAUAGCGGGGGAAAAAAGCGAAAGCUGUACUUCCUUUUCAUGAUUGUUGUAGGACAGGCGCUGUUUGCCUUCCUCCUCUCCAAGCAUUUGUAUCUGCCGGAGGCGCAGGUGCUGGCAGUACCAAAGGCGUUCUAACCAUUUGGCUUGAUAGGUUAAUUUGCAGACUAUUUCUUGAGCAAUCCGGUGCCAGGAUCCCCACUCGAAUGUUGAACGGUUCCGCAGCCAAGGCAGUCAUUUCCAGCAUGUAAAAUCCCCUCAGUAGUUGGCGAUCAAUUGAGAUUCGCGGGAGAGAAGCAUAUUUUUGUUAGAAACAAACACAUUUUAUAAAUAAAUACAAGCUAAAAAACUAA